AUGAACACAAACUCACCACAAAUAAACACAAACUCACCACAAAUGAACACAAACUCACCACAUAUGAACACAAACUCACCACAAAUGAACACAAACUCACCACAAAUGAACAUAAACUCACCACAAAUGAAUACAAACUCACCACAAAUGAACACAAACUCACCAAAAAUCAACACAAACUCACCAAAAAUGAAUAAAAACUCACCAAGAAUCAACAGGAACUCACCAAAUAUCAACACAAAUUCACCAAAACUCAACACAAACUCACCAUAA